ACUCUUCCUGUUGGAGUCCUGAUCGGAGGAGUGCGGGCCGGAGGGUGAUGGGACCAUCUAGCCCCUAACCAUGGGCCCAGAAGAGAAGACCAUCAUGACAGAAAGGUCUGCAGCUGUUUUCAUCCAGGCCUGGUGGCGGGGCAUGCUGGUGCGACGCACACUGCUGCAUGCAGCCCUCAGGGCUUGGAUCAUUCAGUGCUGGUGGAGGCAGGUGCUGGAGAAGCUGCUGGCAAAGAGGCGGAGGAUGGUGUUGGAGUUCUAUGUGCAGCAGGAAUGGGCAGCAGUCAGGCUGCAGUCCUGGGUCCGCAUGUGGUGUGUCCGCCAGCGUUACUGUCGUUUGCUCAACGCUGUCCGCAUCAUCCAGGUCUAUUGGCGCUGGCACAGCUGCCAUUCCCGUGUCUUUAUUGAGGGCCACUAUGAACUCAAAGAAAACCAACUUAAUAUUCAACUUGAAAUCUCUUUGGGCUCACAGGCUUGUAAGGUGCAACAAUGCAUACCCCUUCCAUUAAAAGAAUGACCAGGUCUGCUAUAA